CCGUUCAAGCAUCCAUCCAUCCAUCCAUCCAUUGCAAUGGCGCAAAUAACCAUCUCAGCAGUAGCAAUAGCGGCAGCGGCACUGAUACUAGUGCCGAUGUUCACUUUCAUCAGUAGAGGAUCAGUGGCAGCAGCGGGUGAUCCGAGCCCGGUGCUACCUCCGAUGGGGAUGCCGGGCUGCGUCACGUUCUGCGGCGAAGUGGAGGUGCCGUACCCGUUCGGCAUUGGCGCGGACGCCAGCUGCUACCUGCCGGGCUUCAACCUCACCUGCGAAAACAAUGUCGGCUCAAGCCCACGGCUGCUGCUCGACGACGGCACUAUUCAAGUCUUCAACAUCUUCAACCUCGAUUCAGGGGGCUACAUGAACGUCAAACGCAAUGGUGACGUUAAAAUCGACGUCGACGCCCAUGGCAAUGGCAAGGGCACGUUCAGCAAGGGCCUUAGGCUCCACGGACCGUACAUGUUGCUAACCAUGUCGUCCCUCAGGAGCCAACUCAUCCUGACGGGCUGCAAUGUGGAGGCGACGGUGAAGAGUGGCAACGUCACCGUCGCCAGUUGCACCUCGCUAUGUGAUGACACAGCAGACUAUGAAAUCAGCGUGAUCGACCGAUGCUCCGGCGGCAGCACAGGCUGCUGCUGCGCGAACAUCAUCUCGCCGUACUACCACGACGAUGGACGCAGCCAAGUUUACAGCACCAGCAACACCGCAUAUGACGUGCUGCUCAGACGGUUGGGUAGUUGGAACCGGGACAGAUUCCCGGUGCGUGUGUUUGUCGCCCAACGUGGGUGGUUCGACAACACCUCCGUCUCAAACGACAUGCUACAGACUGGCCGACCUCCAUCAAAAGAGACAAUGGAAGUUCCCAUUUGGCUGACCUGGGAGAUUGUUGGCCAUCCUAACAGCAGCACCAUCUGCAAGAGCAACCACAGCGAACCCAUAAACGGCACAAGAAGAGGAGGCUAUACGUGCGUCUGCAAAGUGGGUUACAGAGGCAAUCCCUACCUCACGGACGGGUGCAAAGAUAUCGAUGAGUGCGAGUGGCCACUAGAAAACACUCCCAAAUGCUACGGUCAAUGCAUCAAUACGGAAGGAUCUUUCACGUGUCGGUGCCCUCCAGGAACCACUGGCGACUUCACCAUACCCGGUGGCUGCGUCAACACUACUAUCGCUAUGGCAGAUAGCUGCAUGAGGUGGUGCGGGGACGUGGAGGUACCAUAUCCAUUCGGCAUUGGUCCGUCCAAUUGCUACUCGGCAGGGUUCGGCCUCGUCUGUGACAAGACCAAUGACUCCCCGUUGCUACUCCUCGAUAAUGGCCAGUACCAGGUGGUCAAUAUCUCCCUUCUCAACUCCACGAUGCGUGUUAUCCGGACCAACAACCUUAGUCCCCACGUAAUGUUGUCACCUUCACUGGCCACUGAAUUUUGGGAUGCUUUCCCUUCUUUUUUGGGUGAAGAGGUGCCCUACUCGCUGUCCACAAGCAAUGAGCUCGUCCUCACGGGGUGCAACGCGCAUGCAACACUAGUGGGGCACAACAACCCAGCCAUUAUCAGUGGCUGCGCCUCCUUUUGCUACUACAAUGACACCGGUGGUGUCUGGGGCCAGGGGUUGUCAAGAAAUGGCAUACAUGGUGGAAACAGCGGCGUCGGGAGCAAAUACUGCGAUGGUAUCGGAUGCUGCAAGGCGCGCAUCUCUGAGGCCAUGGACGGAAUGCCAAAGAAAUUGGACUUCAGAUGGAUCAACACCAACUCUCAAAUACGGUUGCCUGUCUAUGCGUUCGUCGCAGAGGAGGGAUGGUUCGAUCCGCUGGGUGUCACCGGCAAACUGAUGCGGGAGCUUGAUUUUCCGAAGAAUCAGACGUUGGCAGAUGCUAUAAAGGUUCCCGUACUUCUCCAGUGGGAGGUUUUGCUGCCGCAUAAUGGCUCGUCAUCAGGCAACGUGAGCUCACAUCCAGACUGCGAGGGCGGCGAUCAGGCAGCACCACGUGACCAGAUCUGCAAGAGCAAUCACAGUCAGUGCAAACGUGGGAACAGAGGAUAUACGUGCCAAUGCAAGAAAGACUACGAGGGCAACCCAUACGUCGCCCGUGGAUGCAAAGAUGUCCGCUCCAAAUACGUCAGAGGUGAGCAACAAAUGCUGCAGCUUUAAUUUUCCCGACCUAUAUCGAUCAAUGCAGCAGUCAGGGAAGGGCUUGGAUGAAGUCUAAAGUGUGUCAUGGAUCGAGUGAGCUCGCUGCUUCAUCAAUGGAAGAUACUUUACGCCGAUGCUCAAGGUGCACUUCUACUUAGAUCUAUGGUAGCCUGGUUUUGGAACCCUCCAGCGGCGACUCGCGAAUAAAAUGCGUCGCCUCUACUUAGGGACUUCGUUUGACCUUAGCUAGGGAGAUCUAGAAAAUAGGUUGCUUGAUGUUUCCUUUUGGGUUGCUAUGUUAUUAUCCCUAGCUAUCUGGGACUCGUGUUACUAUAGUUUUGUCUAUCGUAGUUACACACAAUUUGCGAUCAAGCAUUGUGUAACGAUACUUUUCUGGUUGUUGCCUCUCUUUAAAUAUUAAAGUUGGGAUGUA